GCUCCUGGAUGAUGCUGUUAUGUAAAACACACCACACUGCAAAAAUAAGGUGUUUUAUUUAACAUGCCGCAGAAAAUACUUCAGCGUAUUUUUUUUUAAAUCUCCUGCUUUGAAGACCGUUCGGCUGAGGAUUGUUACACUUUUCACUGCCAGUGCAAUAUAAUAGGCUAACAACACUUCGGCUCCGAGCAGUCUUGUUUGUGACUGGUGCACAACUGAAAACUGCCUUGCACUGCCAUAACGGAUAAAGCGACGUGUUUCUCUACACUUCAGCCCCCCUCAAUCAGCGGUAUCAACUCGUGUGUGGAAAUAGAUCCGUGUAUGAGUUGAUGUAACGCUGGUAAACAGUUACAAGGAGUAUGCUACCUUUCGGAGAAUAGGAGGGUGGUUGGAGUGGUUUGGUUCUUUCGUCAUUUUGGGGGGGGGGAGUGUAGGAAGGCUAGAGGAAGCCAAAUGUAAUAAUUCGACAACAUUGACUUUCGCGGAAGGCUGAGUGAGACAAGCACUUGAAGUCAAGAACAAGAAGCCAGCAACCCCAGCGUCGGACUAACGUUGGAAGCUAGUUCGUCGUGUUUAGCGACAUAUCUACCUCUAACAACAAGGUGUCCUGGUCAGGAUUAUACUGUAGAUAGCAUACCUAUAUAUUGUGAACUUGCCUAGGGAGGAGAGUGUCACAGAGACCCACACGGGCCCAGUGGUGCAGCAUGUGAUGAUCCACGCUCGGAACGAAGGUCCCCUCAGCCAGAGCCGCAGCACAGGGAGGCGGGAACACUGCCCCCAUAGGCCACAUGGUGAGACCAUGGGUGGGGCCUGGCUUGAGCGCACGCUGCGAUUCGGCAGGACCUUGAAGAAGCGUAGGACCAAGCGAGGAAGGGGAGGGGUUAAAGAGAUGAGGGAGAAGACGCCGGAACAGAAUAGGAGGCGGGGCAGGAAAUCAUAUCCCUUACGAGGAAGGGGAGGGUCUUCGGAGGAAGAGGGACUUAGCUGUCACGUUUUACUCACCCGGUUGGAGGAGGACAUCCGGGAGCAGGAGGACACCAAUGAGAGGGGGAAUGAUUUGCCUACCCAACCGCCGGUUAAGCCUGAAUCCCGGAUCAAGAAACUGGUAAAAGGAAAAGGCAAAGCCAAGGGGAAACUCCUGGCGAAGAAGAUGAUUCCCAAAAUGAUAUCCAAAACCACCAGUGAUGUGCAGGAGUCGCCGUUUCCAGAGCCGCGUAAGCGACGGCUAGCUUCUAUCAACGCUGAGGCGGUGAACAGUCUACUGUUGGAGAGACCCAACGAGACCAGGUCGGCUGGCAAACAGGCCAGGAGACAGCAGGAGGAGCCCUCCAGCGGUGAGUCAACCCUGGGGACAGAUCCAGCUAGGGGCGGGGUGGCCGGAGGUCCUAAAGCUCAAAGAGCCAGCAACAGCAAGGCCUCCAUAUUGCACAAGCCUGAACUGUGCCGACGCUCCAAAAAGGCCAAGAAAGUCUCCAAGAAACUGACCAAACCAGAUAGAGGAGAGAAGAAAGAGACUGCGAUGAUGACUCUACAUAUGUUACACACCCCUGCUCCUCGACGGCUAGCCGGACUCAACGCUGCCGCGCUGCUAAAGUUAACGAGCACCUCCGCAACUAGCAAACAGCGAGUGAAACCAACAUCGACUACGACGACCGACUGCAAGACCACGAGUGCCGCAUCAGUUGAUGUGAAGCAGAAGCAACCGCGACUGAAUCUUAAACAGUGUGGCCGCCAGCCUAAGCAGAAACAACCGCGACUGAAUCUUCUACAGUGUGGCCGCCAGCCUAAGCAGAAGCUAAGGAAGUUGAUUCCAGAACAGGGAGGCUGUUCAGCCUGCAAGAAGUCCAACUUUGAGGCAAAAGUGGAGUGGGAGACUGGAGGUUGCACCCACCGGCUAACUAAACCAGGCUACCAGUCGCGCAGCAUUCUAGCCUACCCGCUGAAGCCUGUCGUCAAAGAGGAGCAGGUUGAGGCAGAGCUGAGCCCGUACUACUGCUGCCCCCCAGAGGGCUCUGUGGAGUACUGCCACCGCCUAGCAUUGUUCCUGGGUCAGAAGGCCUAUGCUGACUCAGAAGAACAACCUUUAAACUCUGCAAUGACCCCUAUGAAGCGGGAGUGCCUGGUGACAUCGCCGUCCGUGGCCCACCCCCACUCCCACGCAGCCCUGACCCUCAGCCCCCACCCCUGCCUCUGCACCGCCGACCCCGCUUGCUUCUCCAGCUACUACGUCCACAUCGCACACCCCGGAGCUCCGUCGACCACCCUCAGCUCGCGACCUCUGAACUUUGGCCACUCGACAAUGUGUCCCGGCAGGGUGUCUGGGUCCAAGCUGCUGGUUCCUCCGGCGUCCCAUGCCUCGACACUGGCCCACCCUGCUUUCUGUGGCUCAGUGGGCUCUCCCUACUACAGCAAGGCCUGCCGUGUCAGCGGCUACACCUACAGAGCCAUGCAGCCGGUCAACAGCAGGGGGUGCACUUUCUCCACAGGCUGCUCCGAGUUUACACAUGGCAUCAAGAGAGAGUGUUACUCGUCCCCCAAAGGCGACCACAGCCCCUCCCUCCUGGUCUCCCCCUCCCUCCCGCUCUCGGGCUGCCCCCUCCACACCAUCCCCUCCUCCACCCAGGCCAAGCCCCAUCUCCUCACCCCCCUGUCUGACCACAGAGUGCCCCAUGCUAGACUGAAGCUGGCCAAGGAGUGCCCUCAGAGCACCAAGCCACCUAACGGUUAUCUGUCCAUGGGGAGAACCAGGCUGUCGCAGAAACAGCCAGCCCCGACAUCCUGCCUGUCCCCCGCCAAGCAGAAGAGGGUCAGCCACCGACGGGCCACCAAUGGGUGGCUGCCUGUAGGAGUGCCCACGGAGAAAGAAGUGUUCAUUGCGGGGGAGGAUGAGACGGCUUUGCGGCAGUGUUAUGAAGGAGUACAGAGAGACAGCGAAGUGAUACGUGUCAGAGACACAGUGCUGCUGCGCUCCGGUCCCCGGAAGAAGUCCCUGCCCUACGUCGCCAAGAUAUCGGCGCUCUGGGAGGACCCCAGAUCUGGAGAGCUGAUGAUGAGCCUGUUCUGGUACUAUCGACCUGAACACACGCAGGGAGGCCAAGACUCCCGUAUGCACUGUGAGAAAGAGAUUUUUGCCUCUCGGCAUCAAGACGAGAACAGCGUGGCCUGCAUCGAAGACCGAUGCUAUGUUCUCCCACUAGCACAAUACUGUAGAUUUUGUGCCUUGGUGAAGCGGCGUGAAGAGGGUGCGCCCCCUGGCACUGCCAGAGUGGUCCCCUGCCCCUCGGACUUCAACCCCCCCGACCACCGCCAGGUUCCUGCCAACAUCAACCCUGAACUAGUGUACCUCUGCCGCCACGUCUACGACUUCCGCUACGGCCGCAUCCUCAAGAACCUGCAGUAGGGGGCAGCAGAGGACACGCAAACACACCCACACACACCCCUAGUGGAGCAAACACACUCCUACACAUGGGGCUGAAGGAUGAGAGGGGGAACCCCUGAAGUGUUUUGGGGGGACCCCUGAUUGACCCUUGACCCCUGAUAGGCACUCGGGUCAGCUGGAGGGAGGCUGAAGGAUCAAGUAUCGGAGGGGGACCAGUGAUAUCUGAGUGGGUACCUUAGCCCCCUUUACAACUGUAGCUAGGGAGCUGACGUUUUGGCUCCCUCAACUGGAACUCAACCGGCUUGGAGAAGGGAGAGGUGGAUUCUUUCACAGAGAUCUGUUCCUCCACAUCACUUAAAUAGUUAAUGGUCCUGGUUGCCAUGUGCAUCAACAGCCGUGUUGGUGACCUAACAAGAAGAGGAGCUGCGCUAGCAGAGUGAUACUGGGCUUAUCAUGUCAUUGUUUUGAUGUUAGAGCCUGACGUAAUGACAACGUUCUUCUUCGUCAUUUUUUGUUUGUCUCUGAGGCAGCUGUGAUUGAGAGGGCACACACACUGAGAUGUUAUUUCCCUGCCGUGUGUCAGAGAGUGACGUAGUGGGUGUGUGUGUGUUCAGUCUGGGCUGCAGUGAAACCACAGGUGCACGUUCACAAAGGAUCGCAGUGUUUCCCCUACAUUUCCCCUAUCGUGGCCGCCAAAAAAGUAUAUAAAGUACCAGUCAAAGGUUUGGACACACCUACUCAUUCAAGGGUUUUUCUUUAUUUGUACUAUUUUCUACAUUGUAGAAUAAUAGUGAAGACAUCAACACUAUGAAAUAACACAUGGAAUCAUGUAGUAACCAAAAAAGUGUAAAACAAAUCAAAAUAUAUUUUAGAUUCUUCAAAGUAGCCAGCCUUUGCCUUGAUGACAGCCUUGCACACUCUUGUCAUUCUCUCAACCAGCUUCAUGAGGUAGUCACCUGGAAUGCAUUUCAAUUACCAGGUGUGCCUUGUUAAAAGUUCAUUUGUGGAAUGUCUUUCCUUCUUAAUGCGUUUGAGCCAAUCAGUUUUGUUGUGACUAGGUAGGGGUGAUAUACAAAAGAGCCCUAUUUGGUAAAAGACCAAGUCAAUAUUAUGGCAGGAACAGCUCAAAUAAGCAAAGAGAAAUCGCAAUCCAUCAUUACUUUAAGACAUGAAGGUCAGUCAAUCUGGAAAAUUUUAAGAACUUUGAAAGUUUCUUCAAGUGCAGUCGCAAAAACCAUCAAGCGCUAUGAUGAAACUGGCUCUCAUGAGGACCGCCACAGGAAAGAAAGACUCAGAGUUACCUCUGCUGCAGAGGAUGAGUUCAUUAGUUACCAGCCUCAGAAAUUGUAGCUCAAAUAAAUGCUUCACAGAGUUUAAGUAACAGACACAUCUCAACAUCAACUGUUCAGAGGAGACUGCGUGAAUCAGGCCUUCGUGGUCGAAUUUCUGCAAAGAAACCACUACUCAAGGACGCAGAGUAGGUGAACAGAGGAUCUCCGCAUGUGUGGUUCCCUCCUCCCAAGCAUGGAGGAGGUGUGAUUUAAAAAUGAUUUCAUCAAUUUUAGAAUACGGCUGUAAAGUAACAAAAUGUGGAAAAGGGGAAGGGGCCUGAAUACUUUCUGAAUGCACUGUAUUAGGGAUGCACCGUUAUGACAUUUUUGCCCGAUAUUUUCCAUGCCAAAAAAACGAUACCAAUAUUUAACAUUUUAGCGGCCUUUUAAGUAUUCUAGUACAGUUAAAUAGUUGAAACACACACACAAAAGUUUUUGUUGGCAUUUACGUACAGUGUCUUGCAAAUUGGCGUUUUUCCUAUUUUGUUGCAUUACAACCUGUAAUUUAAAUUGAUUUUUAUUUGGAUUUCAUAUAAUGGAUAUACAUAAAAUAGUCCAAAUUGGUGAAAUGAAAUGAAAAAAAUUGCUUGUUUCAAAAAAUUCAAAAAAUAAAAAACGUAAAAGUGGUGUGUGCAUGUGUAUUCACCCCCUUUGCUAUGAAGCCCCUACAUAAGAUCUGGUGCAACCAAUUACCUUCAGAAGUCACAUAAUUAGUUAAAUAAAGUCCACCUGGGUGCAAUCUAAGUGUCACAUGAUCUGUCACAUGAUCUCAGUAUAUAUACACCUGUUCUGAAAGGCCCCAGAGUCUAACACCACUAAGCAAGGGGCACCACCAAGCAAGCGGCACUAGGAAGACCAAUGAGCUCUCCAAACAGGUCAGGGACAAAGUUGUGGAGAAGUACAGACCAGGGUUUUGGUUAUAAUAAAAAAUAACUAAACUUUGAACAUCCCACAGAGCAUCAUUAAAUCCCUUAUUAAAAAAUGGAAAGAUUAUGGCACCACCACAAACCAAAACUCACGGACCAGGCAAGAAGGGCAUUAAUCAGAGAGGCAACAAAGAGACCAAAGAUAACCCUGAAGGAGCUGCAAAGCUCCACGGGAGGAGAUUGGAGUAUCUGUCCAUAGGACCACUUUAAGCCGUACACUCCACAGAGCUGGGCUUUACGGAAGAGUGGCCAGAAAAAAAGCCAUUGCUUAAAGAAAAAAUAAGCAAACACGUUUGGUGUUCGCCAAAAGGCAUGUGGGAGACUCCCCAAACAUAUGGAAGAAGGUACUCUGGUCAGAUGAGACUAAUAUUGAGCUUUUUGCCCAUAAAGGAAAAUGUCUGGCGCAAACCCAACACCUCUCAUCACCCCGAGAACACCAUCCCCACAGUGAAGCAUGGUGGUAGCAGCAUCAUGCUGUGGGGAUGUUUUACAUCGGCAGGGACUGGGAAACUGGUCAGAAUUUAAGGAAUGAUGGAUGGCGCUACAUACAGGGAAAUUCUUGAGGGAAACCUGUUUCAGUCUUCUAGAGAUUUGAGACUGGGACAGAGGUUCACCUUCCAGCAGGACAAUGACCCUAAGCAACACUUGAGUGGUUUAAGGGAAAACAUUUAAAUGUCUUGGAAUGGCCUAGUCAAAGCCCAGACCUCAAUCCAAUUGAGAAUC